GCGCCAAGUGGCGUUAAUAUUUUUAAAGUGGCUGUUUUGUGCGUGAAUGACAAUUUGGUUCCUCUUGAGUAUUUCAGAAACAUGUCUGAUAGUGAAAUUAACGCAAUCUUAAAUGUCUUUUGCAGUCAAAUAGAAAAUACUUUCUGGAAGGGCGGAAGACUGGAAACUUACGAUCACUGGCCUUUCAAAUCGUCGACAAAUGGUUGUAAUCCUGAACUGAUGGCUUCGGCAGGUUUUGUGGCAAUCGGAGGCGAGGAAGAGCCUGAUCUCGUUGAAUGCUUCAUUUGCCUUAAACAACUCGAUGGUUGGGAAGCUAAUGACAAUCCCUGGUUCGAGCAUCAUAAGCAUAUGCCUACAUGUCCAUUUAUUGCUUUAAAUAAACAGAAUGAGUUAACAUGGACAAUAGAAGACUUUCUGCAUCUACUCAGAGAUUACUAUGCAAAUCGUCUUGCACGAGAUAUGAACCAGAUGUUACAAAAAGUAAAAGAAAAAACGUGCUCAUUGUCCAAAGAAAUCCCCAAACUGUAUAAAAAUAGGUAUUCGUCUUGAUGUUCCGGAUUGUUGCAGCCUCCCUGUGGAAACCUAGAUCAUGUUUGAACUGUCAACGAAAGAAAACCAUUGGAUGAGCAAAAUCCCUUUAAAACUACAUUUAUAAACCUUGUACUUUUUUAAGCAUGACUCAGCUCUUCUCGAUCACUACAAACUAAUAUAGACAGGUCUAAGAUAAAAUUAUGCAAUCAGUGGCUCGCGAAAGAUUACGAUUGUACUCUUUUGUAUUUUUAUAUUAAAAUAUGAAGAUUUUUAUUUA